CGCGCGCCCCCCCGCGCCGCCGCCCCCGCCGCGAGUCCGGCUCGCAGGACGAGGACAUCGUGGACGGCUUCGCCAUCGCCAGCUUCAGCUCCUUCGAGGCCCUGCAGAAGGACAUGGCCCUGAAGCCACAGGAGCGGAAGGAAAAGUGGGAGCGUCGCCUGGCCAAGAGGCCCCGCGAGGCAGAGAGCUGUCCGGCUGUGGAGCCCAGCGAGAGCGGGCAGUCCCCGGAGGUGGGCAGCCCCACACAGGACCUAGCACCUGCCAACGACCAGGGCAAGAAGGCUCCUCUGCAGCCCGCCAAACAGAUGAAGGUGCCAGUGUGCAGAGGGGGUGACCCCCACAGUGACGACGCGUCCCGCAGGAGCAGCUCCCGGGACCGGCUCAGUGACAGUGACAGCGAGAGUGACGGGGAUGACAAGGUGUCUGUGGGCUCAGGGAAGCUCUUUGGCCCAGUUGCCAGCAAAGACUACUCACAGGAGGAGAAGCCCGAGGCCAUGGCCAGGGCCACAUCCCAGGUGUCGGGCCUGGAGCACAGCCGUGAGCUGAGCAUGGAGCCACCCUUGCCGCCUGCUGGCCCCGGCCCUGGCCCCAGCCCUGCCAUCAAGAAGGAAGCACCCGUCCCACCCCGCCUCGCCCCACAGCCCCCGGCCCUGCCCCCGACGCUUGUGCCUCAAGCCCUGGGCACCUGCCAGGGCCCCACUGCGCAGUCUGCGCACACCAGCCUGCUGGGCCUCAGCAGAAGCAGCGGGCUUGGCCUCCGGCUCCCUAAGCACCUGCCCCUGCCACCCCACGCGCCCAGCACGCACCUGUCUACCUCACAGCUGGCGCUGUGCUCAGCGGCCCAGCACCCCGCGGCCAUGUUAGCUGCACCCCUGCCCCCGCCGCUGCCCGCUGCCAACAGCCUGGUCCUCGCGGGACACCCCGCUGAUGCCAGCUUGCUGCUGCCGCUCAGCUCGCCGAUCUUGUACUGCCAGCCUCGUGCGGGGACUCUGAUGGACCACGAGCUUCUCAGGCAAGAGCUGAAUGCACGCUUCCUGGUCCAGAGCACCGAACGGCCCAGUGCCGCCUUGGGGGGGGCCCUGCCACGGGCCGAGUUCCACCAGCACACGCACCGGCACAUGCACACGCACCAGCACACCUUCGCCCCCUUCCCCGCCGGGCUGCCCCCCGCGCAGCUCGCUCCACCCGCCGUGCCCCUGCCGUUUGACAAGUUCGUGCCCAAGCCGGACAACCCAUACUUCCGCCAUUCCAGCCUCUUCUCUCCUGCUGCCCCAGGACUGCCCGUCCUGCUCACACACCCCGGCCCCUCAGGGUCCCUGCAGGGCGCGUUUCAGCCCAAGGUGUCUGACGGCUACCGGACAGCUGUCAGGAGGCCUGGGCGGUGGUGCGCGGUGCACGUGCGGACAGCCUGGCAGAUCUACCACCAUCAGCAGAAGAUGAAGCAGAUGCAGCUGGACCACCAGCUGGACAUAAUUGGCCGACCGCCUGCCCCUGGGGCACUUCCCAGCCCGCACUUCUCGAGCCAGCAGGGCCUGGCUAGGCCCCUUUUCAGCUCAGCGAACAGAGUCCUCCAGACGCCUGUGCUCACCCCAUCUCUGGCGAGUGCUGCCCAUCCUGUUGCACCUUUCGGGCCCGCCUCCCAUCCCAGCACCUUCCUGCCUCUUGGCCACCUGCCAGGUGCCUUCAGCAGAUCCAGCACCUUCGGGGCCUUGGGGACCCUGUGCAGCCCCUCGCUGAGUGAGUCACUGCUGCUCCCGCGCCCCUGGGGGUCCAGGGGUGUGGCCGUUACCCACCACCUGCCUCGCCUCCCCGAAGGUGGCAUCGUUGUCCCCAAGGAGGGCCCCACACUGCCCACUGUACAUGGUGCUGCUGCAGAAGCCUGGGGCCGGCCCCAACGGGCACCGCUUCCCUGGCACAAAACCGAGGGCAGCCUGAUUGACCACAGCCGGGAUUCAGGCCCUGACUGGGGGCGGGACCUCCUGGACCAGCGCCUACUGAGCCGCGGCCCUGACCCUCCGAUGCCCCAAGUCAUAGAGAGUCGCUCCCCCGCCAGGGAAGCCGUGUGCCCUGCCUUGUCCCCCGGGCACACGGGAGCCCCGGAGCAGCGGAGGGAAGCCAUGAAGAUCAAACAGGAGCGUCGCGAGGAUGGUCUGGGGCCCGCAAUACCCUUUUCCUGGGAGCCGAUGCGUAGCCUGGAGCUGCCCCUGCGCGGGGCUGCCACAUUUGAGCCCCUGGAGUUCUCUGAGCCAGUUCCCGCCAGGCGAGAUGCACGCUACCAAGAGCUGGAGCGUGUACGGGCCCCGGAGCUGCCCUCAGGCUCAGGCCCGGGCCCCAGCCCCAGCCCCAGUGUUGCCGCCCGGCCCUGCUCACAGGUGCCGCCCCUGCUCGUGGCCACAGCCGCAUCCCCAGGCCCUCCCGGGUGUCCCCAAGCCUUGCCACUGAGAGCCCCGGUUGAGGCACCCGACUACUCCCCGUCCCGAAACCCCCCCCAGGUGGAGGCACGGUAGUGCAGCCACCCCUGCUGGGUUCAGACUCAAGCACAGGGCCUGUGCACCUGGAACAGGCCCCUCCAGUGAGACACGUUUCUAAUAGAUUUGUAUUUUUCUUAAUUUUAUGCUCUUUAGAUGUUUAAAAGAGAUAUAAAGAAGAGUUUUGCCUUUUUAGUUUGAAUCUGCAGUUUACGGCCUCAGACCCCUCCCCAGAGCCCUGGGGUUCCCUCGUCUUAUUUAUGGGGAUAAUGUGGUCGUUCUGUCCAACGCACUGUGACGCCCCUCAGGCCGGGCUCUGGCCUCCCUCUGCACUUGGAACCGAAGUUACAGAUAUAUAUUAAAAUAAUGACUUUAAAGAA